UGUAGCCCACCUCCAAAUUCAUCCCUUUAUGGUGAUUCAAAGCAAAGAAUUCCUUUCUCCCUAAGCUUAUAUAUAUAUAAUGGCUGUGAAGCGUGCUGUUUUUGCUUUUGAUUAAUCACCUUGAAGUUUUGGCUUUGAUAACUCUCACUAGUCAACUCCAUGUGAUGAUGGUGAUAAACUUCCAGAAAAACUCAACCGUCUAGAAUGGUUGUGUGCUUGCAUAGUCUAAAUAGUUGAUUGUGUGUCAGCAUCUAAGCCAGCCAGACAGGUUGCGAUAAGGUUAUUUUUGGAGGAAACGUUAAGAAACUCUUCAGAAAGCUUCAGGAGCAACCAUGAAUGCGUUAGUGGCAACCAACAGGAACUUCAAGCGGGCAGCUAAGCUGUUGGGGUUGGACUCCAAGCUUGAGAAAAGUUUGCUGAUUCCAUUCAGAGAGAUUAAGGUUGAAUGUACCAUACCCAAAGACGAUGGCACUUUGGCGUCUUUUGUUGGGUUCAGGGUUCAGCAUGACAAUGCCAGAGGUCCCAUGAAAGGGGGGAUUAGAUACCACCCAGAGGUUGAUCCAGAUGAAGUCAAUGCAUUAGCACAACUUAUGACAUGGAAAACAGCAGUAGCGAACAUUCCCUAUGGUGGGGCUAAAGGUGGAAUAGGGUGUAAUCCAGGGGAGUUAAGUGUGUCUGAACUGGAACGACUUACCCGUGUGUUCACUCAAAAGAUACAUGAUCUAAUCGGAAUCCACACAGACGUUCCAGCUCCUGAUAUGGGAACUGGUCCACAGACUAUGGCGUGGAUACUGGAUGAAUACUCCAAGUUUCAUGGCUACUCACCUGCUGUUGUUACUGGAAAACCAAUUGAUCUCGGUGGAUCUCUAGGCAGAGAUGCCGCCACUGGACGAGGAGUGCUCUUCGCUACAGAAGCCUUGCUUAAGGAGCACGGGAAGACCAUAUCAGGGCAACGAUUCGUCAUCCAGGGUUUUGGAAAUGUGGGUGCCUGGGCCGCCCAACUAAUCAGUGAGCAGGGAGGGAAGAUCGUUGCCGUAAGUGACAUCACUGGAGCUAUAAAGAACAACAAAGGGCUUGAUAUUCCAAGCCUACUCAAACAUGCCAAGGAACACAGAGGUGUGAAAGGAUUCCAUGGCGGGGAUCCGAUCGAUCCCAAAUCAAUACUAGUUGAGGACUGUGACAUUCUCAUUCCAGCAGCCCUUGGAGGUGUCAUCAACAGGGAGAAUGCAAGUGAUAUUAAAUCCAAAUUUAUUAUUGAAGCUGCCAACCAUCCAACUGAUCCUGAGGCUGACGAGAUUUUGUCAAAGAAAGGUGUUGUUAUUCUUCCAGAUAUAUUUGCUAACUCAGGAGGAGUCACUGUUAGUUACUUUGAGUGGGUUCAGAACAUCCAAGGAUUCAUGUGGGAUGAAGAGAAGGUGAACAAUGAACUAAAGAAUUACAUGACGAGAGGUUUCAAAGAUGUGAAAGAGAUGUGCAAAACCCACAACUGUGAUCUGCGUAUGGGAGCCUUCACUCUAGGUGUUAACCGCGUUGCACGAGCUACCGUUCUUAGAGGUUGGGGAGCCUGAGAUGUUUGCAGCUCUGAAUAAAGAUAGGCUUCAAACAACUUGUUGAGAUUUCUCUUGCUUAUGGAAGUUUAAACAACUUCUUGUCAUGUGUAUUGCCUUAAUUUCCAGCUCUCAAGGUGUUUCUCGUAUGAACUGCAAAUUCUCUUGCAGAAAGUAGGGAGGAAUUGCUGAGGGUUUAUGGUCUAAUAAUUGUUUUCUUAUAGCAUUUUAGUUUCUUCUGAGGUGGAAAGAUUUGAUCUUGGAUACCCUCGAGGCUUUUAUCACUGCCCAAUACCUCGUUGGCAAAGUUUAUUGUAAGUUGGAAAUUGCGUUUAAUAAUUUAAACUUCCUAUUCAUAA